AUGUUCGCCUCCAGGAAGCGAGGUCGCGAAGACGGGGAGGACGAACUGCAACAAUAUGCGCCUGAUACCAAGAGAUCAACUUUACCGUUCCGUACUUCACCCGAUACCAGACACAUCCGCCCUCUCUCACAAUCACGAAGCCGACCCUCACCUCUCUUCACACAAACCAUCACUCCAGCAGAUUCUUCAGAGGAAGAGAACUCGCCGCCCUUCCAACCUACAAAUCAAGCCUACCAACUACAUUAUUCAACUUGUAGCACCAGCUCCGUCCCUCAAAGGGACCAGAGCUUUGACUUAGACAUGGACAUGGCAGACUCUUUGCCGCUUGUCUCGCCUCGACAAUGGGCUCAAGUUCCACGAACUCCAUCACCCAAAGCCUCACCAUGCACUAUGGAGUUUCAACAGUCCGAAUCCAAACAACCCCAAAACACUGUCACCGGUGGCCGGCUACCUACUCCAAUCUACGGGCACUUCCAGCGAUCCAUAGACGCAAAGCUCGAAACGGACGGGAAUCCAGAGAGUCACGCAUCUCGCUUGCAGCAAGAAAUCGACUACGAAAAUUACGUUCGCCGUCGGAGACUGCCGACCCCUAUCGACGAAGAUGAGGCUAUGGAAACCUCCUCGGCGAUGUCAGGAGAUAUGAUGGACUUGCAUCUUAAUGGCCAUAGCAGAAGAGGAGGAGUCGAUUACACCUUCUAUCCCUCACAGAUCUUGGGCUCGUCAGAAAACAGCUUCGAGUAUCACUCAAGUUCAGACUCUCUGUCGUCUUCGGCAGGCUGUGCUGCCCCACCGCCGAGGAAGCUAUCAUUCUCGAUGGGCCCGAGGGCAAAUUGCGAACUUUGCAUCCGGAGGGUCCCUGGACACUCCAAUCACAUCAUCCGGACGUGA